AUGUUGUUUAUGGUUUCAGAGAGUUUCUGCAGCUUCUUUGAAUGGGAUGGCUGGUUGGUGCCUAGCAGACUCUCCUAUAGCGUCUACUUGGUGCACAUGAACUUUAUACACGUGCUCCUUGGCAUACGAACACAACUCAGUCUUGUGUCUUUCUAUAACAUGCUUAUCGUCUAUUUCGGAGUGGUUGUGAUGUCAGUAAUGUUGGCACUGCCUUUCUACCUGAUAAUGGAAGCGCCAAUGACUGGACUUCUAAAAAUGUUCCUAAAAUCGAAAGAAUUAAUACAGAGAGAAGUUGAGUUGAAUGAAAAGCAAAAAGAAAUUGAAUUGAAUGAAAAGAAAAGAGAGUGA